AUGCAAAAAGCCUAAUUUAUUGAAUUAUUUCUUCUAGCAUUUUUGGGAGUAAUACAUAGUCAAGAGAAGAGUGGGAAUCCAAUUACAAAAUUUUAAAUCACCAAUUGCACCUAUUUUGAUCAAAACAUCUCCUAUAUACCAGAAUCAUGCUAAAAUGUUUAUUUAACAUCCUGUAACUUCGUUUGCUAAAAGAAUUACUUGAUUUUGAAUGUUCAAGAAGUGCAUUUUAAAAGAUCAAACAUAACAAAUUGCGAGAUAACAAAAAUAGAUUCUGAUUACAUUGAAUUUCAUAAUAUCAAUUUAAUCAACCCCAACACUAGUCAGUAUAAAUUGUAAUCAAGGGGGAGUAUUUCUCUACAAGGAAAUCUUGAGCAAUAGUUGAAUCAUACUUAAUUACUCAUAGAAUCACAGACAGAUAUUAUAAUAAAAGAUGCCUAGAUAAAUAUUGAUUAUUUAGCGUUCAUAUCUCAUAUUGGCCAUAUUGAAAUUUCAAACAGCUCUAUUACAAGCUUAAGUCCUAAAUGCAACAUGAAUAAAGAUCUAGAAUUGACAUCAAAUCUUAAGAUAGUUUCUUAAGAAAAUGUUACCAUUGAUUCAAAGUCAAAGAUAACUGCUUCUACUCUAAUUCUAUACUCUAAUAACACAAUAGUAGAUGGAGUAAUUAAAUCUCCUUUUGAUUGUUACACUAAUCAAGGAGUAGGAAAGGCUCCUACGUUUACAAUUGAAGAAUUAGUCUGUUUAAGUGGAGGUGGAUCAUCAGCUGGCCUGGGAGGAAGAGGAAGCCAGAAUAAAUCAUGUUAAGCUCUAGAGAAGACUUCAAAGUAAUUCAUAAAGUCUCAUCCUUAUAACCAUCCUAAUUAUUUAAGAAGCGGAAGUGGGGGUGCAGGAACAAUAUCUGUUGGUAGUGGAGGAGGCAUAAUUCUAAUGUAAUCCCUUAACUCAAUUUCAAUAAAUGGUGAAUUGUUAUGUAAUGGAGUCGAUGGAUAAUAUAUUGAUUUGUAAAAUUAGUUUGGAGGUGGGGGAGGAGGAGCAAUUCAAAUACUAGCCAAAGUUAUCGAUGGGAAUGGUGUCAUCUAAGCCAAAGGAGGAAAUUCAGAUGCUUCUAACAAAGUAGGUGAAGGAGGAGGAGGAAUAGUUACAGUGUAAGGAGAAUUAUCAAAUACUUCCAAACUCAAAAUAGAUGUUAGGUCAGGAAUAAGAUAAGAUUAAUAAGCCUAAAAUGGUACAAUAUAAUUUUUCCCAUGUGAAGAUGGGUUUCACUUAUAUAAGUUUUAGUGUGUUGAAUGCCCAAGUAAUUCUAUGUCUUUUGCAAAACGAGGGCACUGCUUCAAAUGCCCAGGAGUUCUUUUUGGAUAAUAGUAUAUCGAUUGGCCAUCUUGUAAUGAAAAAGUCUGCAAUUAGUUUCACUGCGAUCCAAUUACAUUCAUCUCAAAUAUAGUGUCCAGUCUAAUGAAUCUCAUUCUGUAUCUAAUGCUAUUCAUGUUUGUAACAAUCGGAUAUGUAAUUAGAAGGAUGUAUAGAAUGAAGGAGAUCAAAUAUGAGAAAUUACCUUUCGACUUUGAAUCAGCCACAAGAUAUAUGACCAUAGAUCAUUUGUUGACUGAUGAAUUGUUGAAAAACAAUAAUUUCUAAUUGAUUGAUCUUAUGUAUCAUGUUCAUAGGAUUACAUUGCUUGGAAACAAUUCUCCUGAAAACCCAUGGAAAUUGCCAUCUCACCCUGAAUCUGGUAUUGAAUAUCUCAUGGAUCUUGAAGAGUAUAAAAGAUUUGCCAACAAAAUCAAUAAAUUGGCUGAAUGGAAAAAGUAAGAAAAGGUCUUAUUGAUUAUUUUCUCUAUCCUAUAUUACCCAUUGUAUUGGGUGAUUUUAACUUAUACAAAAAAAAAGAAAUAUCUAAAAAUAAUCGAAUACUUUCAUUAAUCGAAUAUCAUGAAGCUAAUGGAUGAUCAAUUCAUUAAAAUCAAAAUAUCCAAAUCCGCUGAUUAUACAUUGCUCUAUUUUGAUAUUUUCAAUUACAAGAUAAGUGAUUUAAAGUACUUCUUUCUAGCUUGUCCAUACUAUAUUCUAGUUUCAGGGGAAGGCAACUUUCUGAAGCCAUUUUAUUUAUGCGAAAGUAAUCCUUUUCUCUCUUGUCUCUAUUUUUCCAUCAAUAGAAAUAAAGAGAUUCAUGAAGAUAGAAAUAAAAUUCUGGAUAAUCUGGUUACUCACAAAACAAGAAUGGAAAAUAGUUAAAAGCUAAAUAACUUCAUUAUUAAAUUUAAUAGAUAUGCCAGAGCUAUUGAUGUCGAUAGCAAUGACUUUACAUAAAAUGUAUAAUAAUUAAUCAUCUUUUGCAAUAAUUAGAAUGUUAAAUUCUUUUCAGAUUUCUUAAUUACAAUCAACAUCAUUAUUAUUAUAGAUGAUGAAUUUACUAUUUUGGAGAAUUAUGAAUCCUAAGAGUUUAUUAAAUUUAUAGAAGGCGCUAAAAAUAAAAAUUUGAGAUUGGGAUUGUUCAUCUAUGAUUCAGAAGCUAAUCCUGAAGAAAUAGAGGAUGUGUUAGAUAAUCAAAGAAUUUCAUUGGAAUAAUCAAAUCAAUUCCAAGUUUUUGAAGAGGACAAAGAGAGCUUUGAUAAUCUACAAAACCUUGAGGAUCUUAAACAUUAGUACAUUGAAAGAAUGCAAGAUUCAGUUUAGUCAUCCUAAGAAAUUUAAUAAGAGCAAUCAAAAAAAUCUUAAAAUAGGAAAUCUGAUAUGAAAAUAUUUGGUAAAAUUCGAUACCUAUUCCUAUCUCAUCAAGUUCCAUCCGUUGGUCAGAAUACAAAAAUAUAUGUUCAAUUAUUGUUAGCAAUUUUGGAUGCAAUAUUUUUGCCUUUAUUAAUUUAAUAAGGACUCUUGGCAGAUGAUCUUUAUUUAGAAUAAAUCUUGUUGAUAAGUUUUCCUUAUCCUUUAAGCAUUUUGAUAAGUCCAAUUUUGGGAUGUGUUUGGAUGACUACUCAAUCAUAUGGUAUUGCAAAAGCUCAUUCAAUCUUCAAUACAUUAUCAAUUUUCAACCUAGUUGUUCAUAUUAUUGUAAUGAUAAAAAAGUUGAUCCCACUUGCCUUUAUUAUUUUAUUUAUCAACCUAAUUCUAAAAAUAUUGUUGAUGAUAAAUAUUAAGAGAAUACUGUCACUAAAUAUUAAAUUAAAUAAACUUAAUUAAAUUAAACAUAUUGUUUAAUGA